AUGGCAAAGAGACGCGCUAACAGAGAACUAGCCAAGGCUCGAAAGAAGGCCAGCUGCCAUGGAAUGGAAACAAAAGGGAAGAAUAUUAGAGCUUCGAGUGAAAGUGCUGCGCUUGCAAAACCUGAGUUGGCGCAUGGAGGAACGAGUACUGGCGCGAACUUAGUGCUUUGUAUUAAAGCUCGAAAUCGAGAAGAUGCUGACACCACUGGUGCUGUAGGAGCUGUUUCCGCUAGUAUUGAGAGUGAAAAGUGGUCAACCGAACCACUCAGACCGCCUCUCUGCCCAACUGAAAUGUGGGAUCUGGUCUUUGACAAACUUGAGCUCCAAGAUCUGAAAAACCUCAGACUCACAUGUCAAGGUAUAGAGUACUUUGUCUCUCCACGUUUCUUCUCCCCGGCCUCUAUAUUCCGCCCUCACCUGCCCUCCGUCUCGAUUUUCAAUGGAGUCACCGCAAGAUACGACAGUGCCAUGCUAGCUCGUGUCAAGAAGUUGCGAUUCUCAACUGGUAUUAUCGGAAUUCGCUCGAUUGCUGCCAAUCUUGGACUGGAUUACCAGAAGAUACACAAUGAUCUCCUUGUGGAUGAUGUUGUCAUGAGUGCAGCAUCUCAGGUGACAUUGGCUCGUUAUAAACAGGACUUGGAUGAUGCUCUCAAGGAAUAUAUCAAAUGGAAUAUAAAGUGGCACAAUAGAGAGAGUAAGGCGUAUCAAACCCCAAGUGCUUUGCAGAAAGUGCUCUUGAACGCUCCGAAGGGAUUGGAUACCAUUGAGAUCUGCCAGAAGGACUGCACCUUCAAGCAUCCGAUCCUCCUAGAUUGCUGGAUGCGCUAUCAUGAUUCCGAUUCAGAUCGCGUUGCCCUUGAAUUUGAUGACUUGCUCCGCGCUCUACACAACAGCAAAUUCAUAAUCAGAAACCUGUCUCAUGACGAACUCAGUCAAUCCUUCUUUCUCAUGGACCACAAAGAUCUCUCGCUCCUCGCUCGACCCCUUCAGCACCAUCUCACCACUCUCAGUCUCCUCUUUCCUGUUAAGAUGCAGACCUGCCCGCCUUAUUCUAAGUUUUGGAAUGGACUUGGUCACUUCCUGAAGAGCAUUCCGAGAGUAAAGGUUUUGAGAUUUGGGUUCGAAAGAGAUAUGACCUAUCAGGAGCCGCAGUGGAUGGCUUGUGAGACGCAUGCAAAGAGAGAUGCGGGGCCCUUUUAUGUUCCGCUAUGGAAGAUAUUUGGUGAUCAUACUUGGACCGAACUUGAGUCGUUGAGACUGGACGGCUUGAUGGUGUGUGAAAAAGGCUUAACCAAGUUGCUUAGCAGCCAAGCUGGAACUUUGAGAAAGCUCGAGCUUGUUGACAUUGCACUCUGGGACGGCAGCUUUAAAGCUUUGCUAACUUCAGUCAAGGACGUCUUGAGGCUGAAGGAGUUUCGAAUUUGGGGUGUCACACAGGCUUUGCACACCCAGUACGAUAAGUGGAUCCUGGCCCCAACGAAGCCUUUCGAUGAAGAUUCAAUGUUGUCUGAGCAACUUCGGGAGGCACUCGCUGCGAAGCGUUCGCAAGCCAGACUGCCUGUCAUGAGCAGCGUGGCUGUUACUGCGCGCCUUGAGGCUUUUGUGAUGGGUGGCAUCUGGUCGGAUUGGCCCAUGACUCCUUCUGAUACUAGUGUCGCACUGCCGAGACACCACCAGAAUUGCAUUCUUGCAUCGAGCCAAUCCAUACAAUCAACACAGGAUGGGAUGAGCGUGCCGGUGGACAGUACCUUAUCAGCCCCACCCACAGCAGUAAAGGCUUUAUCAACAUCGGCGAGGAGGCAACUGUCGACUUUUAUCGUGGUGAGGGGAUUGAACCACUAUGAGCACUUCCGUUUUUGGGCAUGCGAAGACGUCGGUUGUUGGAAUCCUCGGUAUAGCGAAGAUAACAGCGGUCGAAUUGGUUUGAAAGCCGCCCGUCUGAUGUUCGUUGAGCGUAUGAUGGCGCAGAUUCCACGGUAUGAUGAGAAGAACCUUCGUCGCUGUAUUGACGAGGGAGAAUGCAAGUGGCACUGGGAUUUGCCUGCGAGCACUUAA